UACGGCCGUGAUCUCUAUGAUACAUAUAAAGUUCCAAUUGGUCUUAUAUCAUCAGAUUGGGGUGGAACAUCAAUUGAUAAAUGGUCUUCUCAUGAUGCUCUUGGAAAGUGCAAGCAAACUAGUAAUGAAGCGAGAGCUGGUCUUUAUCCUUCAAACUUGUGGAAUGCAAUGAUCCAUCCUUUUGUCAGGUUCCCAAUAUAUGGAGCUAUUUGGUAUCAAGGAGAAGCCAAUGCAAGAUCAGAUGAAGAAGAUGCCUUGUAUCGUUGUUAUUUUUCUGAGAUGAUCAAAGAUUGGAGACUGAAGUGGUACGAAGGAACAGAUAAACAAACGAAAAUAGAUUUCCCAUUUGGUUUUGUACAAUUAGCUGCAGAAGGGACUGAGGGUAAUAAAUCAGCUGGGUUUUUCCCAGGGAUCAGGUGGUCACUGACCGGAGGUCACGGCAUUGUUCCAAAUGAUCUCCUACCAAAUGUCUUCAUGGCUGUAGCUAUGGAUCUUGGUGAUCCAACAUCACCUCAUGGAAGCGUUCAUCCAAGAGAUAAGCAAGAUGUUGCAAUAAGAUUAAGCAGAGCAGGCAGAGCCAUUGCCUAUGGAGACACUUCUCUCUACUAUACUGGUCCUCUACCAGUCUCUGCAACCAUUACUGACCUAAGGGAGACAAUAUCAGCUAAAAUCAUGUACAGGAACGUGGAGGACAAGCUAUACAGUUUCUCAAAGUAUGGCUUUGAAUUGUCCUGCAAGGAGAGAACCGGAAAUACUGUUUCGUGGAUAGAGGGCACACUGGAUACUGUAAUGAAUGACUAUGUCACUGUGUCAUUUCCACGCUGUCCUGCUGGGGAUGCUGUUGGAGAGGAGAUACGUUAUGCCUGGAGACAGGAUCCUUGUGUCUUCAAAAAAUGUGCCAUCUACAGCGGAAGCGAUUACCUCUUUCCAUCUCCUCCAUACAUUAUUCCUAUUCAUGAACGUGUUUGACUUGUGCCUGCUGUGCUGUAACAGAGAAAGAAGCUGACUGCUGCAUUUUGCUGAUAUGCUUUAUAUCUUUAUUCAUUUUUUGAUAACAAUAAAAAAUCUAAAUUCAUACAAUUUGCAUAUAAGGAAUGCAAGCCAUGUUUAUAGCUUUACAAUCAGCAACAGUAUCUAUAAAAGGUAGCCAUUAGAUUAAAUAAUUUUAAAGCAAAGAUAAAGCAGCAGCCACAUUUUUAUAGUUGAAUAACAAAAGGAGGUGAUGGUAGCCCAUCACAA